CGGCCAUGCCGGGGCAGGCGGAGCAGCGGCCGGGGCCGGCCCGAGCGGCCGAGAGGCAAAAUGGAUCUCGCUGUGCUCUUGGCAGCGCUCCUGGGACUCCUCAUUGUCAAGGCUCUUUUGUUUCAGCUGAGAAACCCGAGCUCGCCUCCUUGCAUCAGGAGCUGGAUCCCUUGGUUCGGAGCUGCGUUUCAGUUCGGGAAAGCUCCUCUGGAGUUCAUAGAGCGAGCCAGGAACGAGCAUGGACCUGUGUUCACAAUAUUUGCUCUGGGAAAACGGUUCACUUUUGUUACUGAGGAAGAAGGAACUGAAGUAUUUUUUAAAUCUGAAGACUUAAAUUUUGAACAGGCAGUACAGCAAGCUGUCAAGAAUGCAGUCUCUGUUCCUGCAGAAGCAUUUUAUGAGAACCAUGGUAACCUCUACAGCAUGAUGAAGGGGAAGAUGAGUCCCAGUAACCUGCACAUGUUCUCAGGCACUUUGUGUAAGGAGCUCCAUGAGCACAUGGCUCAUCUGGGCACAGAGGGCACGGGAGACCUCAAUGCCCUGGUAAGGCAUGUCAUGUAUCCAGCAGUGGUGAACACCCUGUUUGGGAAGGGCAUCUGCCCAACCAGUCCGAGUGAAAUCAAGGAGUUUGAAGAGCAUUUCCAGAAGUAUGAUGAGGACUUUGAAUAUGCUUCUCAGAUGCCUGAGUGCUUCCUGAGGAACUGGUCUAAAUCCAAAAAAUGGCUUCUAAAAUUAUUUGAGAAAGUAGUGUUGGAUGCUGAAAGGACCAACCCUUCAGAGACCACAUCCAAGACACUUCUACAACAUCUCCUAGAUAACUUGCAGGGAAAACAUCUAGCUCCCAAGUAUGGUCUCCUGAUGCUCUGGGCUGCCCAAGCAAAUGCUGUGCCUGUUGCAUUUUGGACCCUUGCUUUCAUACUCUCUAAUCCUGCCAUUUACAAGAAAGUCAUGGAAGACCUGGCUUCUGUUUUUGGCAAAGCAGGUAAGGAUACACUGGAGGUGUCUGAGGAAGACCUGAAGAAGAUCCCUUUCAUUAAAUGGUGCACUUUGGAAGCCAUACGGCUGAGGUCUCCAGGUGCAAUCACCAAGAAAGUCAUAAACCCAAUUAGAAUUAAGAAUUUCACCAUCCCUGCAGGUGACAUGCUGAUGUUGUCACCAUAUUGGUUGCACCGGAAUCCAAAAUAUUUUCCUGACCCAGAAAUGUUCAAACCUGAUCGUUGGAAAGAGGCAAAUUUAGAGAAGAAUGCUUUCUUGGACAGCUUUGUGGCAUUUGGAGGAGGGAAGCAUCAGUGUCCAGGAAGGUGGUUUGCAAUCAUGGAAAUCCAGCUGUUGGUUGUGCUGUUCCUGUACAGGUAUGAAUUUGUGCUGUUGGAUGCAGUGCCAAAGGAGAGCCCUUUACACUUGGUGGGGACACAGCAACCCAUGGCACCAUUACAGGUCCGGUAUAAAUGCCGGGAAUGAGAGUUGUCCAGCACUGAGCUUUCUUUGCCAGCCCAGGCUGGAUGGAUGGACCACUGAGCUGCUUCCUAAUCCCACAUCUUCAGACAGCUUCUCUGCCUGCACAGUUCUUGAUUUCAGCUUUCAGUGCUGUACAUUGUGCUGUGCCAAACCAGUGCAGUCAUACCUGUGCUCUGCCCUGGCUGCCCAGCUCCCAGUGCUUCAAUCCAAGCUCUCCUGCUGCAUUCAUAAUUUGUGGGCCAGUUACUCACUGACUUUGCAAAUCUGAUAUACUGAACUCACCAUCCAAACAUUCAGGACAAAAAGCUUCAGUGUCUGGAAAUCCUGUGUGGAAGCUGUGCCAGAACCAGCGGAGAAGCAGCUCCCUUGGGCCAGGUCACUGCUUCCUGCAGGGUGCUUCAAACCAAGGCCAGACUGGUGCCUCAUGCUAAGAAAUCACAUUGGUAACAACAAACAGCUCCCUGGUGCUGGUGAGCACAAAAUCCAGGACAGUCUGAGCAGAGACCUCUGGAUCAGCUCCAUCCUGAUAAACUGUGGGGACUUGUGUGUCACUGCCUGUGUGGGCAGGUGAAGGUCUGGCCUGCUCUGCCUGCAACCAGUGCCGGCAUCUUGUGAAUAAAAUGCAUUUGUAAUGGAAAAACUGCAAUUAGGAUCUUGUUCCACUGGAACACCUGAAAUUUCUGCUGAGCUUUAUUUUGCUCCACAGGAUUCAGAAUUGGUCCUUGCCUGAAUUUGCAAUGAAAGUUUGACGAUAUUUAGCUCCCAAUAAAAAAUGAUUGCAAGGA